GCGGCCCUAAAUUCCUGCAAUCUGGGGUAUGAUGUGGGUGUAUCGACAAGUGUGGGACGACUCGUGGAAAAAGACUUUGGUCUCACGCGAAUAGAGCGGGAAAUAUUUAUUGCCAGUAUCAACUUUUGGGCGAUGUUUGGAUCCUUGGCGGCGCAUUACUUUACGGAUACCUACGGACGUCGCAAAACCUUCUUCAUUGCUGCAGUCGGUUUCAUCUUUGGGUUGCUAGUGACGGCCUCCGCUACAUCCUUUAAUGUAUUGUUGCUCGGACGACUCUUUGUCGGAUUGGGUGUCGGUAUCGGGCUCGCGAUUGAUCCACUCUAUAUUGCCGAAGUAACUCCCGCUCGUUUUCGCGGUGAACUCGUUAGUUGGGCCGAAGUCGCCCUCAACGUCGGUAUCGUCCUCGGCUUUUCUACCGAACUCAUCCUGGCCCGACUCCCGACGGGAAUGGAAUGGCGUGUCAUGGUGUUAUUGGGUUGCAUUUUUCCAACGACCAUGAUGAUUGUCAUUGGACUGAAUAUCAUGCCGGAAUCGCCGCGUUGGCUCGUCGCCAACAAGCGCCAAGCAGAGGCCAAGCAGGUUCUAGAGCGCAUAUAUCCUGCAGGGUAUAACGUCGAUCCGGUGGUGGAGGAUAUUCAAGAAGCCUUGCAACGGGAAGAACUGGCAGAAAAAGCGGUCGGAUGGAGUAUGGUCUUUCACCCGACCCCGGGAUUUCGACGUAUGCUGUUGGUUGGGAUCGGUACCGUUGUGGCACAACAAGCUGUUGGUAUAGAUGCCAUUCAGUAUUACCUGCUGGACGUACUGGACCAAUCGGGUAUUGAUUCCGCCACGAAGCGAGGCAUGGUGCUUAUCUUUUUGGGUUUACUCAAGCUCAUUUUCGCCUGGAUCGGGGGAAAACUCUUCGACGGCCAAGGGCGUCGUAAACUCCUAUUUACCUCGCUGCUGGGAAUGAUGGUGGCACUUCUUAUCGUCGCGUUGUCAUUUUUCUUGGAUUCCGGGUCGAGCGCUAGCUUGACCAUUACCGGAUUGGCCUUGUAUAUUUCCUUUUUCAGUGUAGGCAUGGGGCCGGGUGGCUGGUUGGUAGCAACCGAAGUCUUUAGUACCAGCAUUCGUGCCAAGGCCAUGUCCCUGGCUACCUUUCUAAACCGUGUCACGGCGACACUCAUGGCGAGUACCUUUCUAUCAACGGCCAACCUAUUGGGCUGGACGGGGUUCUUUCUGCUAUUGUGUGGAAUUUGCCUGGUCACGUUGAUUUUUCUGUACGUUUUCUUGCCGGAAACCAAAGGACGGUCGUUGGAAGAAAUGAGUGCCUUUUUU